AUGGUGUUGAUUCAAAUAUUGAAGAUCAAAAUAUUCCUUCUGAUAUAAAUUCAUCUAUUACAUGAUUUUAAAUGCUCCUAAACCAACAAAAAAUAUAUAGAUUCUAAUUAUUCUAGGGUUGGAUCUAUGAAAUCUUCUGAUAUAGAUAAUAUAUCAUCUAAUUUAUCAGAAUAAUAAAUAGCUUCUUUUUCAAAAGUUAGUUCUAAUUUGUUAAAAAUAUCCUUUAUUUUAUCUAUACAGAGAGCCUUAACUAGAUAUUGA